AUGAAUGAUCCUCUCGCUUUUCCAUGGGCACUGAUAUGUUCCGUACCCGACAAAAAUUCUAUCCCUUCAUUGCGUGAAUUUACUCUAUGGCUCACAAGGAUAUUACAAGAGAAAGCAGUGCAAUAUGGAUGUAGCCAUCGUUUCGAUAAAGAGCCGAAAGCUGUGUAUUAUACAACUCCUGGAAAUGAGAAGGAAGUUAGGACGACAUAUAGCAUUGUUCAUAGUGAUCAUCCUGAAGUCAUAGUUGUCUUUCAUAUCUUACCGGCACCAAAUUCAAAUGAGUAUAAAUUAAUGAAAGAAUUAGCUGACGAAUAUGAUCUGAUACGACAAGGAAUACUAUUGGAGAAUGCUAUGACUUAUUUUGAAGAAUGUGAUAUUAAAGAAGUACUUGGCAAUAUGCUUCAAUGGUUUAAUCGUCGUAUUUCACAACUUGUCGCUUUGGAAAAAAAGGCUUGUACAAAAUUCAGCCUACAAAUUGGCGAAAGAGGAAAGCAUGCAACGAACAUAAUUUCCUUUCCAAUGAGUAAUGUCACUGCUGCAGUGGAAAAAGUCCUCCAUGGUAAAGACCAUGAUAUAUCUCAAAAUGUCAAUGGUACUUGUGUCAUUUUCUGGAAGUUGUUUUCAGUGAAAGCAAGCGUUGAAGUUUUUGGUUAUCCAGCAAGUUUUAACGAAUUCGAAAUCGCCAAUAUUUUCAAUAAUUUCCGAGUCAUCAAAGUAGUGAAGAAUUUAAAUGACGGUGCAGUAGUGGAAUUUGUAAAUGAAUUUCAUGCAGUUCAAGCUGCUGUUGAGUAUGAUCGAAGUUGGAUUGAUUCCGUACAUUUAUUGGCGGUGACGCCCAUUCAUCCAGAAAUAAUCAAAGAAGUGGAAAGAGCGCUACGUGAUGAACAUAUUUCUUGUCAAUCACCAGUUCUACUUCUCUUCAAGAAGGCUAACCUGUGCAAGCGCUAA